CGGAAGAUACGGAUCUCAUUUUUCAAUUCAUUUAUGAUAAGUGGAUGAUAAGCGGGUGCCGUUAGAAAAUUCCAGUAGUGAUGCCGCCUCCAGUGGGUCUCACGGUGACGCAGACAGGCCACGACACAGCAAGAGUGAUGUGGCAGCCAGUGGAAAAUGUCCUGUGGUACCACGUAGAAGUCCAGAACACAGAUGACCCUGACAGUAAACCAACUGUAUACAACGUCUCCGACACCAGCCUUGAUGUGGACAGCAUCCUGCCAUGUUCCACAUAUACGAUAUCAGUAUCCUCAUUCAACAGGUUCCUGGUGCCGAGCGAGCCCACGCUCUACAUGUACACCACUAACAAGUUGACUCCAGUUUCAGCAGUAUCGGUGGACUACAGCUGCACCUCUCAGUCUGUCAUGGUGCACUGGACGAGUGUGCUUGGUGCAGACUCCUACAAAGCCACAGCAAUGGACAAGAAUGGCACGAUGUUGAUGUGUACCAGCCAGAGCACCAGCUGUCACAUCAGCGGACUAAGCUGUGACCAGACCUUCAAGGUUCAUGUCACACCUAUAGCGGAGAACUGCGAGAACACGGUCAACACCACCUGGGCCACCUUUCAUACUGUCCCGUGUCCUCCCAAGAACCUGGAGUUGUUGCGGGAUUGUUCCAGUGAAGUCAUCAUCUUUUCCUGGGAACACACAAACAACACAGACCAUUACAUGGCCAGGGCAGUGGACUCUAAGGGUGUGGUCCAAGACUGCCUCACAGUCGACAACUCAUGCUACUUCACAAACACUAUGUGCGGGCGACAAUACUACUUCACAGUCUACUCUAUCUCGGGGCAGUGCAAAAGCCAGACCAGCUCAACAGUAGAUAUUAACACAGCACCCUGUAUACCCCAAAAUCUGCAAACAUCUGCCGACUGCAACUCUAACCUUCUGGUCAGCAAGUGGGACCUCGCUGAGGGAGCACUGCAUUACACCGUGGAGGCUUUUGGCAAUAAGGGAUUCAGCCACUACAACUGCAGCACACUGUCUAACAGCUGUGCUAUAGAGGGUGUUCACUGUGGAGAAUACUUGACCAUCUUUAUCACAGCUUACGAUGAUGAAUGUGCUAGUCCGCGGACACUUGGACCUGUUGCUGAGACAGUCCCAUGCAAACCCCAUAAUGUGACAGCAGUCAAGGAAUGUGGAGCCGACUCCAUCACGGUCGCCUGGGCAGUGUCGGGCAGCACUCUUUUCUAUAUGGCCGUGGCUAUGGACAGCAAUGGUGUUGUUCAUAGCUGUAACACAAUGGAUUUAACUUGCACCAUCGAUGGCUUGAAGUGCAGCACCAUUUAUACAGCAUACGUCAUUGGCUCCAACUUCAUGUGCAAUAGCAGCCAGAGCGAAGCGGUCACCAUUGAGACAGCGCCUUGCCCUCCAGACAACGUCACCGCCUCUUUGGAUUGUAAUGCAAAUGAAGCUGUGAUUUCAUGGCAUGGUCAACCUGAAAUUAACUCAUACACCGCCACCAUAGUGGAUGUAGAGGAUAGACUUUUGAGCUGCAGUUCCACUACAACGAGCUGCAGGGUACCAAACCUGAAAUGUGGUCAGCUCUACACUGUCACUGUCUGCCACCAUGACAGCAUCUGCCCCAGCAUGCCUUCUCAGCCCAUUUAUAUGGAGUCUGUCCCUUGUGGCCCCAAGGUGGACGCCCAUUUUGACUGCCAAUCACAAGUGCUGACGAUCGGCUGGAACGCGUCAAGUCAAGUAGACAGUUACAUGGCUGCAAUCUCAUAUAACAACACACAAACAUUCUAUAACAGCACUUGGUCUGAGCUGAGUAUCAGCCCGCUGGAGUGUGGGCAGGACUACUCACUGAAAGUGAUGUCUGUUACGGACAACUGUGUCAGUCAUCCCUCAGUGUUACCUGUUUGGAAAGCACCAUGUGUGCCCACUAAUGUUGAGGCGAUAACAAACUGUGGUCAGAGUUUUGUUGAUGUAUCAUGGCAAACAAGUCGUGGUGCUCUGUACUAUCAGGCAGCUGCAACAUACAAAGACGGCCAUCGGUUGUUGUGUGCUUCCAAUGAGACAAGCUGCAGGCUGGAGGAUCUGAUGUGCAGCCAGGUCUACAGCAUUGCAGUGGCUGCUGGCAAUGACAAUUGUUUUAGCAAUGAGAGUCUUGGGGUUGUUGUAAGGACAGUGCCCUGCCCCCCAUCCCAGCUGAAUGUCUCAAUCAACUGUACCAGCUCCUCUGCCAUGUUGAGUUGGAACAGCAGUCCUAAUGCAGUGUCCUACACUGGCAAGGCAGUCAGCACAAAUGGACACACUUUGACUUGUGCAGCAGGAUCAAACCUUGGGUGCUAUUUAGAGAAUUUGCAUUGUGGCACGGAGUAUAGCUUUACUGUGUCAGCCACAGAUGGUGACUGCCAAAGUCCUGAAAGUGAGCCAGUCAUCCAUGAAGCUGCCCCAUGUGUAGUGCAGAAUGUUGUAAACACCUUGAACUGCACAACCAACUUGCUGACCAUCAGUUGGACGCCUGGGUUAAUGCCAGUAAACUACAGUGCCAGCGCCUUGACUGAAGAUGGGACAGAACUCAAAUGCAUCACAGAGACCUCCGUGUGCACUGUGACAAACUUAAUGUGUGGGAAGCAAUACGAGGUGACAGUAACAGCAGUCGGCAGCACAUGUGAAAGUCCCAGAAGUCUUCCAGAGACGAUUAGUUCUGUUCCUUGCCUUCCUGUUAAUGUGCGAGGUGUUGUAGAGUGUUAUUCUAACACUGUGCAUGCAUCAUGGGAUGCAGCUGCUGGUGCACUGUCAUAUAUCUCCACCCUUACGGGAAUUGGAAAUUACUCUUCUACUUGUCCAACAUCAGACCAAAGCUGCCAGUUCCCUGAUUUACAGUGUGCUAACACGUAUGUGCUAAGCGUGGUGACUCUAAACAACCAGUGUAACAACUCUGACAGUGUUGAGGUCUCUGUCACAACUGCACCCUGUGAUCCAACAAGUAUCGGGGUGUCCUUUGAUUGCAUUUCUGGGGUGGCGACAGUGACGUGGGAACAUAGUGCCGGAGCUCAAUAUUACACAGUCUUGGCUAAGGCCCAUGGACACAAUGAUACAUGUACUUCAACCAUGAAUUACUGUGAGCUGAGCCAGCUGCUAUGCGGGGAGGACUACACUGUGACGGUACUGGCAGAGGAUGGGGUCUGCACAAGUUCCAUUCAUGCCCAAACAAAUCUAACAACAGCCCCCUGUCCUCCAACAAUUCAAGACCACUCACUCGACUGUGCCUCCAACCACGCCUUGAUUUCCUGGCUUCAAGAUGUAGAAAUCAGGAAUGUGACAGUCAAUGCAACCUCCAGCAUGGGACAUUCUACCUCUUGUGGCUCAACCACCAACUUCAGUUGUACCCUGAGUGACCUGCUCUGUGGAAACACCUACACUGCCCACGCAGUUGCUCAAGGAACUCAGUGUUUAAGCAAUCCCAGCUCGACCUUUGAGAUUGUGACAGCUCCCUGUCCUCCAACAAAUGUGGGACACACAUACUCCUGUGAGACGGGCAUAGCCAUGCUGAACUGGGAUGAGACAUUGGGCAGUAACAGUUUUUACGCCCACGUCUAUUCCGCAAAUCACAUGAUCUCCUGCACCUCCAACCAGACAGACUGCUUCGUUCCCUCACUGAGCUGUGGUAACAUGUACAAUGUGACUGUCAUGGCAAUGAAUGACCAAUGCAACAGUAGCAUGUCUAAUGUGACACAGAUACUGACAGCACCCUGUGCUCCCCUAAACGUCCAAGCCUCCCUGCUUUGUGAAAACAACACAGCAGCAGUAAGCUGGCGGCAAAGUCCUGGUGCCAUGUGGUACAACGUGACAGCACAAAGCCUUAACGGUGACAUGAAACAAUGUACCACAAAUGGCAGUAGUUGUCACCUGUCCGGUAUGCUGUGCGACCAGACUUACACCAUCAUUGUAACUCCAGUCUCUGACCUCUGUCAGGGCUUGGACAGCGAACCAUACACAUAUAUUGCAGGAUCCUGUCCUCCGACCAAUGUGCAGGUUUCCCUGCAGUGUAAUGGGAAUGUGGCCGAAGUGACAUGGAAUGCUGCAAUGCAGGCAGAUGGCUAUGAAGUCACCUUAAUAACCUCUUCCGACGACUAUCACAGCUGCAACUCUAGCAAUACAUUCUGCUCCCUCACAGACCUAAACUGUGGUGAGACAGGCACAGUCACAGUUGUCACCGUUGGGAGGGGAUGUUGGAGCGAGCCCAGUCUACCUCAAUCUUUUCAGUCAGUCAUCUGCCCGCCAACAUCAGUGGCUGGAGUAACAAACUGUGCUAACAAUGACAUCACAGUAAGAUGGGACCCAAGUCCAGAGAGUGGCGCUAGCUACAUAAUCCACACAGAGGAAGACGGUGGCGUCAACGCCACUUAUUCUGCAACCCAACCGUCUCAUGUGAUCAGUGGGCUCCAGUGUGGACAGCUGUACACACUCGCAGUUGCUGCCAUGGACUUGGAGUGCACCAGCGCUCUCAGUCAGACAAUACGAACACAAACAGCUCCCUGCCCUCCUACUAACCUGACUGUGAGCGCUGAAUGUGGUACCAACUUGGGAGUACUGACCUGGGCCCCCAGUGUUCAUGCUGUCAACUACACAGCUACAGUGACUGGCACCCAUGGUCACGUGGUCACCUGCUCCUCUGAAUCAACAACCUGUUCGGUAAAGUUGUACUGUGGAUAUCAGUACACAGCAACUGUUAUCGCUUCCAGUUCAUCUUGCGACAGUCUGACAGGGGCGACUGCAACAUUUGACUCAGCUCCUUGCUUACCUGACAGGGUUGAGGCACAGCUCGACUGUCAUAACAACUCUUUUGCGGUGCAGUGGAGGGGUAGUGUUGGCAAUACAGUAUCCUACACAGCCAUCGCCAUUGGCAGUGACGAUACGACCACAACCUGCAACACCACAAACACACACUGCACCAUCCAGAACCUCAAAUGUGGCCUGGACUAUGGAAUUGUUGUCACAACACCUUCAGUCAGCUGUGGUCGGCUGUAUUCUGACUAUAUUAUACAGUCAGCUCCAUGUGAACCAAACAAUGUGAUGGUGAAUCUCCAGUGCAGCACCAACGUUGCGUUGGUGACCUGGGAAAACUCUGGUCCAGAUCAGACACAGGUGGUGUCAGCCGUGGACAGCCAAGGAGUGACAACCAUCUGUAACUCCAGCAGCUCCAACUGUACCUUUGAGCAGCUGCUUUGUGGGGAGAGCUACACUGUCAAUGUGGUCAGCCACACUAAUUCCUGCAGUAGUGAACUAGUGUUUGCCCAGGGAUUUGACACAGCUCCCUGCAUACCAACCCACGUGACAGCACAUGUGGACUGUAAUUCCGGCAUCACCUUGGUAACGUGGGAUGAAUCACGUGGUGCCACAUCUUAUACUGUGUAUGCGUGGGGCAACCUCGGCUUCAACGACGAAUGCAACAGCACUGACAACUUUUGUGAUUUCCCUUACCUGGCGUGUGGACAAGAUUAUACUAUUACUGUUGUGGCUCGCCAUGACACCUGUGUGAGUUUGGUUAGCGAGCCCAUCUACGCCAGCACAGGUCCUUGUCCUCACUCUGGUCUGGAAACUCCAUUGGACUGUGAUGCCAACACAGUCGCCGUGUCUUGGACACACGGGAGUGGCAUUCGCUACUAUAAUGUUUCCGCUGAUGCCUUUGACAUCGCACAUGAGGAGACUUGUUCCACCAAUAGCACCUCCUGUAAUAUCAGCUCUCUACUCUGUGGGGAGAGCUACAAAAUAACUGUCAGCGGACAAGGACGGAACUGCCUCAGUCCUGCCAGGGACUGGCACCGCAUAGUUGCAGCUCCUUGCCCUCCGACCCAUCUCCAUGUCGACUCGUCCUGUGAAUCAAACGACAUCUCGGUGUCAUGGCAAGCCUCACAAGGCUCAUUGACUUACGUGGCGGUAGCAGAGAAUGCACAAGGCCAGCAAUGGAUGUGCAACACGAGCAGCACUUCUUGCUCCAUAUAUGGUCUGUUAUGUGGACAGCAGUACCAGGUCUACGUUGCCGGUGCAGAUGAAAAGUGUAUUGGAGCCAAAAGUAACAUCGAAGUGAUUCAAACAGCCCCGUGUGUACCACAAGAUAUCAAAUACGACCUUGACUGCCUAUAUGGUGUCCUCAACAUUACCUGGCAGUCGACAGAUUAUGCGCCAUACUUUCAAGCUUCUGUGGUGAGCAGCGAAGUUGUAGCCCAAGAUGGUACCUGCAACAGUUCCCACAGCCCAGCAGAGCAGGUCACCACAGCUCCAUGUCCUCUGUCAUCCUUCCUUCCCACUGUGGACUGUGACACCGGAAUUGUAUUCGUAAACUGGACCAACAGCAUCACCGGGGUUAUGUACACGGUGUCCACCGUUGAUGCUUCAGGUCGUCAACAUAACUGCAGUGCUACAAACAGCGGUUGUGGUCUGAACAUGCUGGAUUGUGGGAAAGAGUACAACAUUACAGUCACCCCAUCAAGGGAUGGAUGUGUGGGUAGAGACAGCCCAACGAUGUGGAUUCAAUCAGUCCCUUGCACACCUCAUCUCUCCGAUGUGGAGAUCGACUGCCUGACAAACUCGCCCUGGGUGAUAGGCAAUGAGGCUGCAGGCGCAGAGGAUUACAUUGUCUUGGUGACUGACAGCCUCGGUGACGUCCAAAUGUUUCAGUGCAACUCCACUUAUGACAGCAGUUGCACUCUGCCUCCGCUGAUGUGUAGCCAAAACUUUACAUUUAGUCUGAAAGCCCGUGGUCAGCAGUGCACCAGUCAACCCAGCAACGUUGUCACAACUUAUACAGCUCCUUGUCCUCCUGUAGUUUUAGAAAAGUCAGUCAGUUGUGACAAUGGCACUAUUAGCAUCUCCUGGGCGACCGUUCCUGGUGCUAUGUCAUACACGGCCACACUGGAGCAGAUGAACGGACACACAGCCUGUUGCACCACGUCAGACACAAGUUGUGACAUCACUGACCUGCCAUGUGGAGAGAUGUAUGUCCUGCUUGUCAUGGCUGAGGGAAAAACCUGCAACAGUUCUCAGAGUCAAGGAGACAUAGUCAGGACAGUGCCAUGUGCUCCACAAAAUCUCCAAGCAAACCUAAGUUGCAUUGACAACACGGCAUCCAUGUCGUGGAACCACAGCAAUGGAAGUCAGAUGUACCGUGUAAGGGCCACAAGUGUGACUGGCGAGAUGGACGAGUGUAGCACCCAUGAAACACAAUGUGACCUGACUGGCCUGAGCUGUGGGCAGCUCUACACAGCGUCUGUAACAGCAGAGGAUAGCGACUGUCAGAGCGAACCAAGUGGUAGUGUGACAAUCAAGACUGUGCCAUGUACCCCUGAAAAUAUCUCCUCCACGGCGGACUGUGACACAAAUUCUCUGAACGUUUACUGGACUGAGAGCUUAGGAGCCGACUCUUACAUCGCCAAUGUGCUGGACAGCAACGGGCAGACCACGACAUGCCUGGGCACAAAUGAUUCAUGUAGCAUAAUGGGAAUAAGCUGCGGCCUGAUAUACCAUGUCUCUGUGGUCUCCUCUGAUGGAUACUGCAGCAGCCCACCCACUCAAUUAAUCAACACUGCCCCAGUCCCCUGUCCACCAACACAUAUUUCGGCAGUGCUUGACUGCUACGCACAAACUGCCACAGUGAACUGGUAUCCAAGUGAUGGGGCUGUGUCUUACACGGUCAAGGCCACCAAUCCUGGUGACCUUACUACUUGUGAAACCAACACUACCAACUGUGAUCUAGAAAGGCUGCUUUGUGGACAAAGCUACUCCAUCACUGUCAUAGCUGUGGGAAGUACCUGCAACACCACCGCUUACAUGACUGGAAUGCUGCUCACUGAGCCGUGCAUCCCCAGCUACAUCAGCGCCUAUUAUAGCCUAAGUAUUGGCCAGAUAUUGUGGGGCUCUACCUUGGGUGCAGACAACUAUGUAGUGGAAGGUGUGACAGACCAGGGUCUGAUGGUCUCCUGUAAUACCAACCACACCUACUGUGCCCUGUACAACAUGGAGUGUGGACAAAUAUACAACAUUAGUGUCACAGCAAACAAUGAUGCAUGCCAAGGUGUGUCCACCUCAACUGAGGACGUUCAGAUUAAAACAGAGCCAUGUCCGCCCACCAACGUUCAAGCAAGUGUAAACUGCUCAAACAACGUGGCAAUUCUGUCUUGGGGGGCAACUUUUGGAGCCAUGGGAUAUGAAGCCAACCUUGCCGGACGCGACGGCCACUUUCUGUCAUGCUACACCGAAUACACUUUCUGUAGCAUUGAAGACCUCCACUGCGGAACUGUCUACUACACCACUGUCAUUGCCAUUGGAGAAACACUCAACAGCACCGAGUCUACCACCGUGCAUCUGGACUCAGCCCCCUGUGCGGUUACAAAUGUGGUAACUUCCUUGGAGUGCGACAACAACACAGUAGAGGUGAACUGGACCUAUGCCAGUGGAGCCGAUUCCUACAUGGUGACUGCAGUUUCAGCUGAUGGCCACCAGGCUGUUUGUGAGAGUCAAGAGCAACAGUGUGAUUUGACAGACCUGCUGUGUGGUCAGAAGUAUAAUAUCAGCAUCACAUCCAUCAGUGACCACUGCCAAACUGAAACAGGAAGUGAAGUCACUGUCACAACACGUCCUUGUGAGCCCUUGUAUGUUGGUGUGGACCUGCAAUGUGGGACAAGCGCAGCCAAUGUGUACUGGGAGGAAAGUAAGGAAGUGGGACUGUACAUGGUAGUCGCCACCUCCAGCAUGGGAAUGUCUCACCAGUGCAACUCCACCAAUUCCAGCUGCAAGUUCUCUGACUUGGACUGUGGAGAAACAUACACAUUCUCCGUAACUGCACACAGUGACAUGUGCUACAGUGAAAACAGCAGCAUUGUUUACAUUCAGACAGAGCCAUGCCAGCCAACAGACCUCAUAGCUGAUGGGUCAUGUGACAAUGACACAGUUGCGGUGUAUUGGUCGGGUGCUAAAGGGGCCACAGGCUAUGUGCUGACAGCAACAGGAGACCUGGGCUAUGUCGCAUCUUUCCAAACUGAUGAGGCAAUGACUGAGACAGAGCUUCCUUGUGGCCAGAUGUUCACUUUCACCGUAAAAGCGCAAGAUGAUCGAUGUGAUAGUGCUGCGAGUCAGCCUGCUGUAUUCAAGACAGGACCUUGUGUGCCCCAACAUGUGCAGAGUCACACACAUUGUGAAGACAACAUAGGCUCAGUUAGCUGGGCUGACGCAGACGGCGCAGAAUACUAUUUGGCAAUUGCUGUGGGAGAGGAUGGCCAUACUCACAUGUGCAUGACGGCCAACACAAGCUGCACUUGGGAUGACCUGCACUGUGGGGAGCGAUACACUGUUCAUAUCAUAGCAGAUGACAACAUGUGCAGCAGUAUGCCAAGCAACAGCACUACAAUACAAAUGGCAAGCUGUAUACCCCAAAAUUUGAACUCUACAGUCAACUGCACCACAAAGGUGGCAUCACUGACGUGGAAUCCAGUUGAAACUGCAGAUUACUACAUUGUGUCAGCCGAGGCAAACGGCAGCCUUGCUGUGCAGCUAAGCACCAACAACACUUGGACCUUGUUCCAUGAGUUCCUUUGUGGCCAGGUUUACUUCCUGACCGUGCAGGCAGUCGACUCAAUGUGCACCAGCCGCCCCAGCGAGCCAUCAGUGCUUAAGUCAGAGCCUUGUCCACCUACUGGUGUCCUCAGUGCCAUGAACUGCGAGUUAGAGAUCGCUAUGAUAUCAUGGACUGACUCUGAUGGUGCUGAUUUCUACACGGCCACCAUAACACAGGAGGAUGGUCCGUCACAAAGCUGUUGGUCUGAAAGUUUGCAAUGUGGCAUGCCGUACGUUCCUUGUGGACAGAAUUACACAGUCACUGUCGUCGCCGCCAAUGAGAAUUGCAACUCUGAGCCCAGUGAGGAGAGCACACUGCAAUCAGCACCGUGUGUACCGACUAACGUGGAUGUGACACUUGACUGUACAAGCAAUGAAGCUGCUGUUACCUGGAACACCACCAAGGGGGCACUGUCCUAUACAGUGAUUGCUCAGAGUACACAGGGCACCCAAUCCAUAUGUGAGAGCAUCGAACCAACUUGUAACCUAACCAACUUGGCCUGUGGGCAGUCCUACUUAGUCCAGGUGGUGGCCCAGGAUGAUCUCUGCAGUAGCUUGCCGAGUCCUGCUCAACAGUUCAAUUCCGUUCCCUGCACGCCCAACAUUAACUCAGUUGCUUUUGACUGCUUCACCAACUCUGCCUUGCUGGACUGGGCAUUUUCUGAGGGUGCCUUGAACUACUCAGCCACAGCUCAGUCAUCUAGUGGCCAUGUUUCUAUCUGCAACUCCAGUUUCACCAGCUGUGAGCUACUGGACCUACAGUGUGGCCAGACAUACACUGUUGUCACUACUGCAUCUGAUGGGGAAUGCAGUAGCCCUACUAGCAACAUUUUGCUGGUUGAAUCAGCACCUUGUCUCCCUGAUGGUGUGGUAACGCUUUUGGACUGUCCUACAAACACAGCUCACGUAGAAUGGCAGGCCAGCAUGGGGGCUGAUACCUACGUGGUCCAAGCUGUUGGCAUCGGGGAAUAUGAAUCUUUCUGUGAGACAGAAACACAGUCAUGUGUCUUCUCAGAUCUCAUGUGUGGCCUCACUUACAAUAUCAGUGUGACUGCCAUUAACAGUGUGUGUAAUGUUUCCCAGAGUGACAUCACACAGCUAAGAGCAGCGCCAUGUGUUCCUCAGCAUGUGCAGGCUCAGGUGGUUUGUGAGUCUGGUGCUGUGGCACUGUCCUGGGAGCCUAGCAAGGGAGCGCUCUCUUACACUUCGGUGGCCCAGGACAGCGGUGGCUACGCAUCAGUGUGUAACAGCAGCACGGCAGCAUGCCUGUUCGAUGAUUUGAUGUGUGGUCUCAACUACUCUAUCACUGUUAGUGCCACAGAUGAAAUAUGUAGCAGUGCUGGAAGCUCUGUUGUGGAACUCAAUGCAGUACCCUGCGUGCCACAGAUGGUAUCAGCAGAGAUGCUGUGCAAUGAUAACACAGGCGUUGUGUCUUGGGAAGACGGUGAGGGUGUGUCCUCCUACAUGGUGCAAGCAUUUGGACCAAAUGGUCACCACAUUGAAUGUAACAACAUGGCACCAAGUUGUCAGCUGCCCAGCAUGUACUGUGGUCAACUUUACAACCUGACGGUGACAGCUCGGGAUGGACGCUGUGAUAACAGUCACGCUUACCUCAACCUACAGUCAGUGCCUUGCAGCCCUACCAAUGUUAAAGCGUCUGUGCAGUGCCCCUCAAACUCUGCUGGCGUGACAUGGGAGCGUGCCAGUGGAGCCGUCUCCUACCUUGCCGUUGGUGUCACAUCAGAUGGAAGCCACCAGACUGAGUGUAACAACACAAUGACUUACUGUGAUAUGAGCGACCUGCUGUGUGGACACACCUAUAAUGUGAGCGUAUUUGGUCAAGAUGAGUCCUGUUCCAGCAUGGAAAGUGAUACAACGUUUGUGCAAACAGCUCCUUGUCCACCUCAGGAUGUGGUUGUUGAUGCACUUUGUGACGAGGGUGCGAUAUCUGUGUCCUGGUCAGCCAACCCCGGUGCCCAGUACUUCCAUGUGGUGGCAGUGAGCCAAAGUGGGGCAAGACUGUACUGUAACUCAAGCGGCACAGUUUGCACUAUUGAUAAUCUAUCCUGUGGGGAGAGCUACAGUGUUACUGUAGCCUCUGUAAGAAAUGGCUGCGAGGGCGAGCCCAGCCCUGUAGUAGAGACCUCUUCAGCUCCAUGUGUGCCCACCAAUAUCAACACAUAUCUGGACUGUGUGACUAACUCCGCCUGGAUGAUGUGGGAUCCAUCUGAUGGAGCUGAUAGCUACUUUGUGCUGGCUCAGGGCAUCGGAGGUCACAACUCCACCUGUACCUCUACCUCACCUCCAUGCAGUGUUCCAGAUCUGAAAUGUGGGACGCAUUACACCUUCCAUGUGACUGCUGUCAACAAACACUGCCACAGUAAUCACAGCAGCACCUUUGAGCUUGAGACAGGUCCUUGUGCUCUAACAUCAAUCAGCGCAGUGACACAAUGCAACAGUGACACCAUCCUUGUCGAAUGGGAGAUGUCAAAUGAGACACCCUUUUACGUGGCAACAGCUGAGGGCUAUGACCAAUCCCUCACGUCCUGUAACAGCACCUCCAGUUCCUGUGAACUCCAGGGAAUCCACUGUGACAUGCACUACAGCAUCAUUGUAUCAGCUUCUUCUAAUAGGUGCAGCAACCUUCGAAGUCCACCAGCAAGGAUCCAAACAGCUCCCUGCGCCCCGCAAAAUGUGACUGCGGUACCUGCUUGUGAGGAGAACGGCGCCAUAGUAACAUGGGCCUACUCUCCUGUGGCUACAUCAUACCUGCUGACAGCCACAGGGAGAGAUGGACAUGUCGCAAGCUGCAACAGCUCCGUCAAUAACUGCACCCUCACUGAUCUGCACUGUGGCCAGCCAUACAGCUUGACCGCCACGGCUAGGAGCGAUAACUGCACCAGUGAACCUUCUGCUGCAUCUUUCAGAACAGCGCCUUGUGCACCUUCUGGCCUUGCAGUGGCUUUUGAAUGUGAGAACACUGCUGCCAUCCUUACUUGGACCUCCUCUGAGGGUGCUGCAAAGUAUUACGGCUGUGCCAAGUCUAUGGAUGGAGAGAUUCUUUACUGUGACAGCGCCAACACAUCCUGCACUAUCGAAGGCCUGCAAUGCGGGGACAUGUACAACUUCUCAGUUGAAGCCUCCGACAGCUUCUGCAACAGUUCCCAUAGUGCGCCUGUGGAGAGGGGAGCAGUUCCAUGUGCUCCCACUGCUGUGGAUAUUGGAAUACAGAGAAUAGGCCAUAAUCACUGGCUCAUGUCCUCGUGGGAAACGGUCGACUGUCCCAAUGUCGAGUAUUUAGUGGAAAUAUCUGGUCGAAUCCAAGACAACCCACAGGCCCUGAUGAGUGUUUCUUCUUAUUGGCUGUCCAUACCAUACUUUGAGACCACGAUGCCUUGCAGCACACCUUACAAUCUCACAAUACGCUCCAGAAACUCAGCCGGAGCUAGUGAGCCUUCGAAUGCCUAUAUUGGAGUCUCAGUACCCUGUGCUCCAAAUAAUGUGCAAUACACUGGUAGCACUCAGUCUGCUACACUCUCCUGGGAUGCAUCGGUGCAUGCCACGGGUUACAGUGUCUACGAUGUCUCCGGGGAAAGCCGUGUUGCGCUUUGCAGCACCACCGGCCUCUCUUGCCAGCUGACCAACUUCAGUCCGGGUUACACUGAGGUGACAGCUAGCAAUGCUGUCGGAGAGAGUAUCCCGAGCGGAAUCACUACAGGUCCAGUUGGAUCUCGCAGGAAGAGAGAUUUGCGGCCUUUUCGGAUCCAUGCCAUCCUUGACAAUGAUCUGGAAACUCCAAAGUUGCUAAACAUAAUCCUCAGCGGAGCAUCACUGUAUGUGAGGUGGGCAACGGUAAAUGAUGCAACCGAGUACACACUCGUCAUUGAGGAAGAACAGCAACAGCAGGUGGACAAUAUCCAGCGCAGAGUAAGAAUUGUGGAAGGAGAUUAUUACACUGAGACUGACCUCAAACCUAAGACCACCUACUGUAUCAGGCUGGCAGCGAGAAACCCCAUCAGCCAAAGUGACUACAGCACGCUAGCAUGCAAAACUACUAGUGGUGACUCUUGGUGAAACACACCCACUUAAAAGGACAUUUGGUUGCACAGACACGCCAUCAUGUUAGAUUAUAUAAAUUAUGAUCGACCCUAAAAGAACAAAGAAAUACAAAGAGUACUUAAAUAUUUUAGUAUGUUUAUUUAGCUCAUGUAAAUUCUGAUUAUCCUAACAGGUAUGUGUAUUUAUCAUAAACUGUAUUAUUUUUGUAGAUAGAUAAUUUCAUAUUUUGCCUGAUUAUCACAUUGUGACUGUACUAGUCAACUUAAAAACUGGGAAUGUAUCGCAAUAUUAUAUAGGCCCAUGCAGUAUAUGUAUUUUCUGAAUGAUGUAUAACAUGAUUUGUCCAGCAGUGAGUACUUAAAUGAGUAGAAUUUUUUAAGCAAUGCCAGAAGAUCUUUUGAAAUAUUAAA